GUCUUUAUACAAAUUUCUUUUGAUAAAGAAUAAUUUGUUUAUUUAUUGGAUCAAGAGGGACCAUUACAAGUUUUUAUACUAUCAUGAGGCUUAGUGUGUUGAUAUUGGUUGCUCUUCUUACAGUGUGGUCAGCUAAGUCGGAUGCCAGUUCUAAGAAUGAACAGAUGAUUGUAGUGCCAGUAGAAGUCUUCUGCACGGAUGGAGUUUCUCUAUUUUAUGUUUCCGCAAACAAAGAAGUCAUUUCUCCCCCCGAGGAAAUUCGGCUGAGAAUUCUACGUGAGCAAGAUGGAAUGUUGAUACUAAACAUAGGACAAAAAUUGUACUACCCUGUGAUGCCUAAUGUAACUCCAGUGUUCCUAUCAAAAGAAGACAAACUUUUGAUGCUUCCUGACUUGGAGGUUAAAGAUGCUUCUAUUGGUUUGCAGUUGCCAGAAGGUCUUCAAGACUUAGUCCAUCAGAUUCUUCACCAACCUGCUCCUCCAAAAGACGUCUCGAAAGUGCUCACAAAGGCAGAGAUGCUAGCAGCGGGGCUGGUACACCGUGCAGAGGCAGUAGGUGGAGCUAUCAGUAAGAAGGCAGACAAGUUACAGAGGGGGGUCCCUGCUCCACCCAACAGUCACCCCCACUGGCGCUCUACUGCUCAAUACGCCAGGACAGCCACUGAUAAAGUACUCGGAGUUACCACUUACGCGACUAAUCUAGUUGGGCAUACGAUAGAGAGAGUGGGAGAAAAUGUAAGAACAUUUUUGCCAUUUUAUAAACCACAAAAUAAAAUCCACGGUGAAGCCGAAAAGAAAAUUCAGCCAGUAAAACUAGCUCCAAAGUUGAAUGAAGACAUGAGAUCUGCCUCAACCAAAGCAUUGGCUAAGAUAAACGAAGCGUUGAGGAAAUCUGCUGAAAUUGUAGCCGAAAGUAUCAAAGAUAACACAGUGAAAGUCAUACAAUACAACUUUGGUGACGAUAUUGCUGAAGCUGUUGAAGAUAUGGCUAUAACACUGAGGAACACCUUAAAGGCUCGUAAAAACAUGAACAAUCUUCAGCCUGAAAGUAUUGCCAGGAACACUAUGCGACAGAUCAUAGUCCAUCCUAACACGCAACCACAGUACGAGUGCAAUAAUUUGAGAAAUGGGAAAAAUAUGUAGCUAAGUUUUUAUGUAUAAAGAAUUUUCAG